AUGGCUGACAAGGCCGGAAAAGUCUCGUUCAAAAUUACCCUCGCGUCCGACUCCAAGCAGCCGUUCAAGGUGCUUUCCGUGCCCGACGCCACGCCGUUCUCUGCAGUCAUCAAAUUCGCCGCAGAAGAGUUCAAAGUGAGUGCAGCGACAUGCGCAUGCAUCACGAAUGACGGCGUCGGCAUCAACCCUCAGCAGUCUGCUGGUGUCAUUUUCCUCAAGCAUGGAGGCGACUUGAAAUUGAUUCCGCGCGAUCGCGUGGGUUCGUCUCGCGCCUAA